AUGGCGGAAGCUCAAGCAAAUCUAUCCCCUGGUGGAUACGACGAGGAGUUUGUUAACGAAGUGGAAGACGAUUUGCAAUGUGCAAUCUGCCAGUUAGCAUUGAAGGAUCCAAUGCUAACGAAGUGUGGUCACAGAUUUUGCAGACAGUGUCUCGACGAGCACUUUAAGAGGUAUUAAGUGUUGUGAUUUAUUCGAACUGGAAUGUCUGUUUAUGCGAAUGGUAAAUGCCCUAUUCCAAAUGUACAACUGCAAUAUAAAAUAUCUUUACAAUUACAGAACCCAGUCAAAGGACUCAAAGGAAUGGUUCACGAAUAAAGGGGCUGUAAUUUGGGGUCUGUCCUCAAUAACCUUUAAAACAAGACAAGACAUGUCUGAGUAUGAGAGUAUUAGAUACAAAUGAGUAUUAUAUAAGUUAUAGAUGCAGGUCCUUUUGAAAGGAAGAAAUAGUUGUCUAAGUUUUUGAACGUGUUUAUUGUGGGCCAAGAAAAGCUGUAUCUGUCCUCCGGGGUUUCAUAUCGUAGGGAAAAACUGGUAGUGAAUGUGGUGAUGUGUGAAAUCUUCGGGAACAAAACGCAGUAACCGUUCAAGUACAUUUGGACGAACAGAUUCACGUCAUUAAUGGAAAAGCACGAAUAAUUAAAUAAACGUAACUGCUUUUGGUUCAAACAUGAAUAUCUCAAAAGGCUUGUGACAAUCCAAUCUUGUCUAAACGAGUAUUCCAUGCACUGAAUUAGCAGGCAACCUGAACACUCUGUGAACAUGGAAAGGCGACAGAUUCUUAGACUUCUUACACGAGACAACUUGCGCUCUUUUGCAUCGCUUGUGGAGGUUUUAAAUGCAAGGUUGUCUCGAACAUUCCUAUCGAUACAAACAUUUUGUUUUAAACAUGCCUUAUAUCGCAGGUUCUAGUAUCGUUAUCCACUUUGCGCUAGCGAUUCAAUCGUAUUUGCCAUUUGUUACGCCGUGUUACGCUGCAUACCAAAUGCAAAACACCAAUGACCGCCGGGCUAGCUUUUCCUGUCAGACAUUCUAAGCAUAGCGUCUGUUUGCUUCUUUGUUUGUUUUGUUGGUUGGUUUUUUUGUUUUAAUUAACAUUAACACUUAUCUCAAGCUCUGACGUUUAGCAGUGUGGAAUUUAAAUGCCACAAGCGGAAAGCCAUGUUCAAGGGCUGCAUAAUUUUCUGACUUUUGAUCUAACCCGCGGGGUACUCCCUUAUGCAAGCCAUAACGGUGUGUGCCGCCCCAAAGGGUAGGGUUUUUGCGCCGUUUUGCUCUGAAAAACGGUUAAAAACUUUGCCCAUUUUGGUCUGGAUCGGGUAUUGUUUUCGAGGGAACUACCGGAAUCUAUGAACAUAUUUAUCGUUUCAAUUCCAAAUGAUUAAGAAAGAAAGAGAAAUAUGCGAAUUCCUAUUUUCUUGCUGUUCUUAUCUAAGUAAUGAUCACAUAAUUUCUAUGGUUUUUAGAGGCCAGGUCUGAAAACGGGUGUGAAAAAUGACAUUUUUUGGUCUGCAAUAGGGUCAGGAUUUGGAGAACCGGGCGGCACAUACCCACCAAGAAUUCCCAGGAGUACCCCCGGGUGAACUAAAAACUGAUUUCGCUGAAUAUGAAAUACGGGACGUGGAGGUGGGGUACCCCAGAUAGGUGAGGUAACAUGUUGUGGGUGACCCCACCUAACAUGUAAACGUGAUCAAAUUAAAAUGAGAGAUUAUAUGGACAAACGGGUUACCCCACCUAAGCGAAUUACCUCACCUACCAGGGGUCCCCCACCUCCAUGUAAACAGGCCUUUGCAGAUUGGCGCAAAAUUAAUUUAUAGCAAUAAGGGCAGAUAUGAAACCUUCUCCGAAUUCAGGAUUCACUUUUUCCUACAUAACAUCAUUAAAAUGUUGUAUCAUAUUACAUUAAUUUAUUUCUGCUCGUUUCUGAAAAUUUUUUCUCUAUUUUUUAAACAGUCAGCAAAGUGCUGGUGACCAGGUAACUUGCCCAGUUGAUCGAGGCAUUCUCAUACAAAACAGAGUAAGUGAAUUCAGGUUUUGUUGGCUUUAUGGGUUAAAGGAUCGUUAAGUUGAGUUCUAAGACAUUAUAGAUCAGACUUAAGAAUUUUAAGGUGUCAUUUCCCUUUUAAUUUCCCUUAUUCUGUCUUGUCUGCGGCUUUCUUUCAGUGGACAGUGUCAAACGCUUCUGCUGAGACGGGUUGCUCAUAAAGGGAGAAAAGACAUGGUACCGUUAGAUGAAAUAUAAUGCUAAAAUUGGUUGGGUUUGUUUGAUUAUAAUCAUAGUCGUGAUUGAUCAUUCUUUAGGACCUUUUCCCAGAUAAAGCAACAGAACGGAAGAUUCUUUCAUUUUUUGUCCAUUGCCCAAGUGAAGGAUGUCAGUGGACUGGCGAACUUAGGUCCAAAGAUGUAAGUAAGAUUUUGAUUUCAAUUUGCAUUACGCCAAAGGAAAUAAACGCAGUGAGAAAAAAAAGUGAUACAAUGCAACGGAAAGAUAGCAUGGGGCUGUUUAGUCAGUCAAAAGUUUAUGAUUUUGUUAGGAGGAAACUGUAUUAAAUGAAAAUAGCAGAUUGCAUUAUCUCAUAAGCCAGGCUUUUGAUAAUCCUUUUGUUCAAAAAUUGAUGCAUGAAGAGUUUUAUUGGACCUCUUUCUACCUUUUAAAGGUUCAUCUGGAAUCGUGCCCUCAUAAGGUUGUUUCCUGCACAAAUGAAAACUGUAACAAGACAAUGACCAGGAAUAAUUUACAAGCACACGUGACUACAACGUGCCCAUGGAGAAUUCUUCAAUGUUGUCACUGUAGCGAAUUAUAUCCGGCACGCAAAGCUAAGGUAAACGUUUUUUUGUACGAUUAUUUAAAUAAAUUAUUACAAAAUCAUUCGAAGUGGAUCAUGUCAGAAAACACUUUGUACUGUGUUAUCUACCUUCCACUAUGAUGGAAAACGCCCCAGUUAACAUGAAGGGAAGUAUCCGCACCAACUAUGUCUGAGAUGUUGUUGAAGUUGUUGGGUAUACUGCUGGCCCCUUCAGCACAACCCUUCUCUGAGUCUGCUCUCAACGUACCUUUAACUUCCGCUGAUAAGGGGUUUUAGGAGGGCGUAUAAACGGGGGCUUAUAUCCGGAUGGGCUUAUAACAGGACUAAAAAGGAGCGUUUUUAAACAAGCUACAUAGCGGCGCUAAUCGAAAUACUUUUUUGCAGUUACUCGCUUUUUUAAGCUUCAAAACGUUGUAAAAAAUCUAGUACAUUUCCAUUCAAGUAAAGGGGGGCGGGGGGUGGAGGGGCUUAUAAUCGGAUGUCGUAUGUUUUUGUUUACAAGUAGAUGAGCCUAACAGGGCGGCUUAUUAGAGGGGGACGCCUAUGAGUGGAAGCUCACACAUAAAUGAAUGAAUAAUAAUGUCAGCUGUCUCACAGCGCUCUUGAGAAAGCUGUUUAAGGUGGCUCGACUGGCCAAUUUUGUUGAUAGCAUGGUUAUUCACUGUUGUUAUGACCCUUAAAACUUCGUUCCAAAAUAUUUUCAAAACGCUAGAAAUUGUUCACACUUUGCCAUAAUCGAGUCUGUGAAGGGAGGCACGAGCUCCCUUAAGCGAUUUCCAAAAAAAGAUCCUGGUUCCGAGAAAUACAAAGGCAAGUUAAAAACGUAAUGGCGCCAUUACGUUGUUAUGGUAAUUGCGAUGUCAGUUAAACAUAAAUCAUAACAAUUUUUCAUCUUUACGCAAUACAGCGGUGGUAACUUUUUUCCCGAUAUUUUUGUUAAUGAUGACGUAGUAAAUGCUCAAAAUCCCUAAAAAAUUUAUUCGAGCCACCUUAAGUUACAAAAGAUAAAUUUGAUAGCAUUUCAUUCAACAGGCUCACGAACUUGAUUGUAAGAGAAAACCGCUAAACUGCCCAAAAAACUGCGGCGCUGUCGUCCCGCAAGAAGAGGUAACGCCGAGUUCAAUAGUUCACUUUUAGAAAACAAUAACGAGUAGACUAAUAGGCCCUCUGCAACUAGCAGUGGGAGAUCCCCCCCUUAUUUUUAGACCAAACUGAGGCCUGAAGGGCCGAAAAAAAAAUUUUAGACACCGGGCUCCCCCCCUUAUCUCAGGGUCUGGAUGACCGGGCCCCCCGCCUUAUCUGAAGGUCUGGAUCUGCCAUUGACUAGUCCUUUACGUGGUGAGAGCAAGGGACGAACUGGAAAGAGACAAACAAAGAGCUCUUAUCAUUUAAAAUGGUAAUCAGUUCUUUGUUUGCCUUGUCACAGUGCGUGUCUUGCUCUCUAGCUAGUAGGCCGGUUUUGUACCUCGUGAAGGGCCCAUGGUUUUUGUAGAAACCAACACUUUCGGCGUUAUUUCAAGUUUUGGCGGAAAUGUGUGUAACGAGCAAACAAGUUACUUACUUGUAACAAAUAAACAAGUAAAUUUUUGUACGUGCCAUUAAAAUAUUCAUUGGACCCAUUUUGGGCUACUUCGGUUGUUCGUGGUCUAGUAUUGUUUUGAUUAGUUUAUCUACUUCUUCUUCAAAUACGAUUUGCCAUUGUUUCGCUUUUUGUCGAAAACGAUGGCACACUACUCAAUCUCUGUAACACAAUAGGUUAGUGAGUUACAAUGAGAUUGCAGGAUUCUUGAAAUCAUACCAGUUAAUUUCGACAGUUUGUUUGGCGAGAUGCUCAUGAAAUUACCUCAAAUGCAACAACACAGGCAUACCAAUUUUGGAAUGUUACUUGUAUUUUGAAGAGGUUUUUUGUUGCGAGGCAGAAGAAGGCUUUUUCCCACCCGCUUUCCCAGGACUUUAUUCCUCAUCAUGUCAUUUCACUCAUCCUCAGUGGUAUGGAAUAUGAUACUUUUCCUUUUCAUUACAGCUAUUAACGCACGAUGAAAAAGACUGUCCGCUGACCAUAACGCCAUGUCCGUAUGCUCAAAUGGGGUGUACGACAAAGGUAAGUUAACCGUCAUUCAGAAUAGAACAAUUUCCUUGAUAAAUUUUCAUUUGAAGUGUAAAAAAUGUAUGGGGUUUUUUCUUUCUUUUUCUCCAUCGUUUUUUUAAGCCAGUGCGUUGAUCUUGACUUAUAAUUUAGGAUAUGUCAAUAAUAACGAAUAAUGGCAUGAACCCAUUAACUCAAUUUUGAAGACCUGCACUUUUCAACCUCUACUGACGACUUUUUCCAAAUUAUUAUUGCGGCUUUGCUGUAGCUUAUCUCUCGUUGUCAUUUCAUAAGUUAUUUAAAUGAACCUCUCAGUUCGCCCGGACUUUUUCGACGCUUCGGUUGGCCAAUGAGAGUAAUUAGGAUUUAGAUUUUAUAUUUUAACCUAGUCAUUUCUUUCACGUACAAUAUUUCUUAAUCAAACAAAAGUGGACUUAACUGGUGUCACUUGAGGGAAAUUAGUUACGCAGACAGGAAGGGCGUAUAGUAUCCUUUAGCACAAAAGUCUUUUUUAUUGCAGGUUCAACGGAAAGAGAUUGAAAACCAUCUUCAGGAAGCUGUACGACCACAUGUUGACUUGGCUUUUGCAAAACUAACUAGCACACAAGAGGAGUUGCAAAGGUCCCAGGAUUUAACAAGUAAACUUAACGAGAAGUUCAAUGCACUAGAAAGGCAAUUUAAAGAGAAGCAAGGUACUCGUCAUAGUCUGUUAAGUGAUGACCAUAGCGAAAAGGUCAAUGCACUUGAAAAAGAAGUAAGAACUUUAAAAAAAAAAGCAAUAGAGCUGCAAAAUAGGGUGGAAACACUGGAGAUGAUUGUUAAGGACGACUCUAAGAAAGGCGAUUCAAUGGAGAAAAACCUUCGCCUGCUUCAGACACCUUCAAAUCAAAUGCGUAAGAUCGAGCAAAAAGAAAGAAGAUGCAUGUCUAAGGAGUUUGCCAUACUGCCAAGAGAGGAAAUUUGCUCCGACAUUGACCCUCGUUUUUGGACAAAAGAGUGGAAGAUUCAAGGCUUCAGAGGAUUUCUUAAACGGGCCGAAGAAGAGGGACACGAGAUACAGAGUAAUCCGUUCUUCUUGGGUGAAAAGGGUUAUAAAGUUAAAUUGGGCCUAGGUAUUUCAGGUUCUAACCUCAGCAUCCACUUUGUAAUAAUGAAAAGUGAAAACGACGUCAUAUUACCAUGGCCUUUUUCUAAGCGGGUUAGUUAUGAAGUGAUUGAUCAACAGAAAAAUCCACGAGCAUGUAUGCAUUGGACUGAAAAAUGUAACCCUUUUCAUGCAGACGACAGGUGGGAGAAAAGUUUUCUGCGGCCUAAACUGGAAGAGAAUCCUCGAUGGACCAACCAAAUUCCUUUAUCUUGUUUAAGUGAAAGGUGUUACCUUUUGAACGACACUGUAAUUAUUAAUGUGUCAGUUAAUCGAUGA